GUCUAGAUAAUAGUUAAUAGACUCUAGAUUCUAUAUGAAUAUUUUAUGAUACCGUGUGUCUAUUGUGACUAAAAUUUAGUCUAUGUAUUAUCUUAUAGACUAUAUAUAUAUAUUUUUAAUUAUAUGCAAUACAUCAAUACAAUAGAUCUAGAGAAUGGAGCCACCUUUGGAACUAUUAGAAUUUGAAGCUGGUAUCACACCUAAAUGUAGAUCAACUGUAGCUGAUGCAGCAAUUGAUUUCACUGGGGGUACUCUAGGUGGUAUCACAAGUGUCUAUGUGGGCCAGCCUUUAGAUACUGUCAAAGUCAAAAUGCAGACUUUCCCAACACUAUAUAAAAAUGGUCUUGACUGUUUUCUCAAAACAUAUAAACAAGAUGGCAUCGCAAGGGGUCUUUAUGCAGGGACAGUGCCAUCACUGGCAGCCAAUAUUUCAGAGAAUGCUGUACUAUUCUGUUUUUAUGGAGUCUGUCAGAAACUGGUGGCAAAAGUGAUGGGAGGAAAAGAAAUCUCAUCUCUCAACCCUCUGGAGAAUGCAGUUUCUGGUGGUCUGGCUGCAUUCUUCUCUUCGUUUGCCCUCUGCCCAACUGAGCUGAUCAAAUGUCGACUGCAGGCCAUGAGAGAAAUGGCUACCAAGGGUCACUUAGAGGGUGGACUAGAGAGACUCAAAAUUGGCCCAUAUGGACUGACCAGAGAAAUUCUGAAAGCUGAGGGCGUCCGUGGACUGUAUAAAGGUCUCACAGCCACGUUUUUGAGAGAGAUGCCAGGCUAUUUUUUUUUCUUUGGCUUCUAUGAAGUAUCCAGGCUUAUGCUGACACCAAAAGGAAAAACAAAAGAUGAAAUUGGAGCUCUGAAAACAGUUAUUUGUGGUGGCUUGGCAGGUGUUGGUCUGUGGGUGGCCAUCUUCCCUGCUGAUGUGGUCAAAUCAAGAAUUCAGGUCCAGUCUGUCUCUGGAACACCUCCAACAUUCCGAACUGUAUUUAUAAACAUUUUACGUCAAGAAGGACCCAAAGCUUUGUACAGAGGACUAGGUCCUACUGUGAUCAGGACUUUUCCUGCAACUGGUGCCCUAUUUCUAGCUUAUGAAACAACAAAGAAGUAUCUCAGCAUGUUUUAUGAUUACUUGGCAGAUUCGAAACACUAGUUGGUACUAGUUGACAUCCAUUGUCAGUUGUAUUUAAGUUAGUAAGGUCUUGAAUCUAGUCUGAGUGUAGUCAUUAGCAAACAGCAUUAACAGAAAGCUUUCCAAACUGUAUUGUUCCUACUUGUUUAGUGUGGUAGCUUCAUCAAGCAGCUAUGUUAGCUGCUGCAACCAGUACUGAAAAUCAGGAUGAUCACAAUGACAAUAAAACCUUGUUAUAUAUUGUUGGAAUACCCAGAAGUGAAUUGAGCUGCACAUGAAGCAGUCUUUAUUGGAUUUAAAACAACUAUAAUAGUAUCACUGAACUGUUCGAAAUGGUUUCUUGAAAACCAAUGCAACUAACCAUAAAAGUAGUUUAUACAAAUAUUAUUACUCAAUGUUAAAGUGAAGCUUUUUUUUUGGAAUGUGUCCUACAACUGCCAGUCAGUGUUUGCAUAAUUUAAAACAAUUUUUUUUUAUCUAUGUGAAGGAAAUGGCAUUUUUUGUGUGUAUUGUACUUGUUUCAGGUUUUGGAUUUGUUGUUAUUACUAGCAUGUUGUUUGUAAUGAGUCCACAAUAUUGUAUUACCUUUAUGAAAUAUACCAUCAGUAUUGAUAAAUUGUUUUGUUUCUACUUGGUAAAUUACAUUGUUCAAGUACACUUGGUUCUAAAUGAUUAAAACAGUAUUUAUUUUGCUUAUGUUGUAAAAUUAGUUGGUUAUUUUUAAGACAAGUUUUGCAGAAGAAAGCCUUUAAAUUUUCCUUAAUUCAUUAUACCUUUGUUAAAAAAAAUAUAGCUUGUCAAUAUCCUCACCCUUGAAAAAUACUUAGUUGAGUCAUUGAAUAUAAAUGUCACAUUAGUUAAAUUUGAAAUGGUAUAUUUAUUAGUGAACUAGAGGGCAGUUGGCAAGGUGAAGUUGAUUGCUAACUAGCCCUUGUAUUUAAUAAUAAAAUUUUGUGACCAAUCCAUUUCUAAGCUGGGUUGCUAGUUAGGUCUAUUAAUGAACUUUAACUUGGUACAUUUACAACCAUUAAGGUAGAGUAAGCUUUAGGUAUGUCUGUAGCAUUUAUAAACUUAUUAUACUGUUGGUAAGUCGUCAAAGUCUGUUUAUACUGGUGUUGGUUAGCUAUAUCUCAUGUGAGAAUUAAAAAAAACUGUAAUAUUUGAGUUAAUUAGUUAAUACAGAUUUGUUUAAUGUACACAGUUAUUUGAUUCAAGUUCAUUUUCCUAUCUAAUUUAUGUCAGCAAGACACUAUUGAUGUUUAUAAAAUUGUGUUCUUUUGAUGGAGAAAAUUUUUAAAGAUCUUUUGUUUUGUUCAAAAUAAGUUUCAUUAUGUUUGUAAAUGUUUCAGUUUUUAAAUAUCUCUCAUAUUCUUGAGCAAAUUUUAACUUUCUGUGACAUAUGUUAUUUUCUAAAAGAAUAUGCAGUCAAUAAUCUACCAUGACAUCACUUCAUGGUAACAGGACACUUACUGUGAAACUUUGCCUGCAUUGAGUCUCUAGAUAUGCAGUCUCACUGCACAUUUUGGUUAGUCAUGUCUAAUCAUUUGUUUUUAUGGACUUGAUUGUGGCCUCAAUAACACAGUGCCAUACAUGAAGCUUCACUUGUGCCUUGCAAGUUGUUGUGAUAAACAAUUGAAAGAUGGACCAAGUCUAUCAGGGGAAGUAAGUAACAAUUAAUGGGAGAUUAUCUAGCUACCAAUUGGGCUCAGUGGUUAACUUCAUUCUAUAAAUCACCUGCCACUGACCCCGGUGCUGUGAUAAGCCCUUUAAAUGUGCAUAGGAGUUUAAAUCUAGUGUAAACACUAUUAGGGUUAUCAAUGCUAAGUAGGUCAAACAAUGCACUUAUCUCCCUUUCCACUGCAUCUUCAAGACAACAAGAUUACUUAAGCCAUUAGUGGGACUAUUAUCAGAUAAACUGGUUCUAUAUCCCACGCUACAGGAGAGGUUGGUUAAAAUUACACAAUAGAUAGCUAUUGAUUCUUUCAUAGUUAAAAAGGUUAGAGCAAAGUCAGUCAAAGUGACUACCAUGUUGUAUUGUAAAUUGAUUUUUGAGGGGACUAUCCUGGACUUAAUUAAAGAUUUUGAAAACUGUUGUGCCUAUUACAAAAAGAGAAGAGCAAUAUUUGAAAUGAUUUUUUUAUAAUCAAGUUAAUUUAUAUUUUAAUAGAAGUAAAAAAAAAAUCAUUAAAAAAAUGAAUUUUCUAUGUAUAAAGAUUUUGGGGAUUAAAAAAAAAAAUAUUGUUUUCUAACGAGAUUUGCAGGCAGUAUUUGGCAGUGGUGUAUUCUGUUAUUACUUGUUAAAGUGAGUGCUGCUUUAAACAUGUUCUCUUAGUUGAGUGAGCUUUACUCACUAAUGACCUCUUUCAUAUUCUAGAAGUUUUUGAAGAGUGAAAAUGUCUUAGUUGUUGGCUCUUUAUGAUUGAACAAGUUAAUAACGUACUUGCAAACAAAUCAUUUCUGUGUUGUUAGUAUUAAUCUUCACAUCCAUUGAAAAUCUAUUACAUUAUAAAAAAAAUUAUACAAACAUAUAUUUGUAUUUUUAAACUUAUUUUUUUUUUAUUGUGAAUUUUUUCCUUACACAUUCUUUAUUUAGAAAGUGUCAGGUCUGUAAGGAUCACAUUAUAGUUUGUCCAUCCUGGUUCGAUGAUGACCACUUUUGUCAUCCAGGGGGCUGAGGGCUUUGCACUGCAGUUUUGUGCCUCUUUAUGUUGCUGGUGAGACCUAUGUGAGCCCGGCAUGUUCGGCUGCACACUGGGCAGGCUAUUCCAGCUGGAGCUAGUGUCACUGGCCUUGCUUUUCUUCUCUGACGCUUUUCUUCUGAGUCAUUUAGGGAUGUGUCAGUCUUCCAUUCUGCAGACUUGUCCUGCCCAUUGCAGCUUGGACUGCUUCAGGAUUGUGGGGAUGCUUUGCAGAUCCGCUCUUCGGAGGGCUUCAGUAUCUGGUAUUUUUUCUUGCCAUUUAGUAUUUUUCUUAAGCAUGUCAUGUGGAAGUGCGUCAGUUUCUUUGCAUGUUUUCUGUACACUGUCCUUGUUUCUCAGACAUAGAGCAAUGUAGGGAGGAUGACAGCUCAAUAGAUCUCUAGCUUAGGAUCACAUAUUUAUAGAUGUGCAGAACAAGCUACACAUGUGACCGGUGAUAUUAGUCUAGCAGAAUUUUAUUUUUUAUAUGGUAGCAUUCUUUUCUGGUAUAUAAUAUUCCAGUGUAAAGAAAACAAUAUGCACUGUAAACUUGAUCGCAUCUAAACAUUUCAUUUACUCACUGACUUAAUAUUUCAUUAAUAAUGCAUUUAAAUCAGCAAUUAUAUUUUGUACCUCUAUUAACCGAGAACAAGUGCCACUUACUCAAGUUGUUGACUUCUAUUUCAUGAUAUAGUAUGAAGUUGAAAGGUGUUUUGUUUUCAUUAUAGAAUCUAUGAUUUUUUAAUCAAGCAAAAAACUUUUAAAGAGUUAUGUCCCUGGAUUUAUCUUUUUGAGUUUCAUUUAUUAUUCUUUAGUAUAAAACUUUGCUAAAUAACUUUAGCAGUUGUUGAUUUUUUGUGUGUUUAUAUAUAUAUAUAUACUAUAUUCAUAUGUUGAAUCUUCAGUAGUCCUGGGCGGUUAAAUAAUAUAUAUAUAUCUCACAUAUAAGAGAUGUAAGUUGUUUGCUGUGAUGUUGAUUUGAACUUUUUUUUCUCAACAAAAUAUAUCUUACAUUCUAUUUAUUUUUUGGGAAAAUUUUUUUUUAAUGUUAACUGAACUAAUGAUGUAUAAGGAUUUUUUUUCUUUCAUAAAACUGUUCAAAACAGCAAUGUAACUUAAAAAUGAUAAUGUCAAGGGUGAAAGAGAGUGUGUUGUAUGCUUGUACUUUAAGUUAGUAAGAAUGAAAGGGAAACCAGAAAAGAAUAAUUAAAGAAGUGAUUUUAGUUGUGUUAUGAGAAUAAAGUUCAGUUUGUGACAAAGACAA